AGGGAGCGACUGCGAAUCCCAUCAUAGCUUAUUGUGUUUAUUCCAGCCAUUAUCAGAGAAAGGAGGAUGCAAAUGGGGCCAGGAAAGCAGGGAUUUAUCUCCACUUUGUUCAGCUUUAAUGUGUAGCUAUAAUGGCAAGAAAGACAGUGAGUAGGUGCAGAAAAGUAAACCGUUAAUCGGGUCCACUGGUCUGCUGGGAGGACAUCACUGUGAGUUUUCCUGUGGACUCUAAAAAUGAGCAGUAUAAAGGAAAAAGGGACUAUUCGGCAGCAGAGCUCCGAGAAUAACUCUGUGAGCAGCAGUGAGUGGGACAUGGCAAACGAUGUGUUUGUGUCCGGUUUUGACGACAGCGUGUUAGCGGACAGCAUCGGUGAUGGGGACCAGGAGUCGGCACAGUCCAGCUUACUGGACACGCGUCUGCCCUUGGAUGGGAUGAUGUUGGGCCUGGAUCGGGUUGAAUAUCCUGCCUCAUCCUAUCUGGAUUUCGAGCCAAACUACACCGAAAGCGAUGGCAACCUUACAACCAAAAAGCGCAUCCGGUCCAACAGCUCCCGGCACCGCGGUGACAUCGUUACAGAGCUGGGGCCAGAGGAGGUCCGCUGGUUUUACAAAGAGGACAAACGGACGUGGAAGCCUUUCGUCGGACACGAUUCUUUAAAAAUCGAGAUCAUCUACCGGCGGCUCGUUGACCAGAACCAGGAUAAGGCCCUGGAUCCCAAUGAAGCCGACGAAAAGGAGACAGCCGGGUCCUCUGAGCUGCAGCCGGAAAGCUCGGCCGUGGACAGUGCAAGUUUCAGGGCGGAACCGGCAGUGCAACAGCUCUCAGUGUCAGAGCAAAUCACAGAGCCGGUCCACAACGGCGGCACCAGCGUGGAGGCAGUGUGUGUCAGAGGGGGCCUUUAUGAAGUGGAUAUCAAAGAAAAGGAAUGCUACCCUGUUUAUUGGAACCAGCAAGACCGAAUUCCUGUGAUGAGGGGCCAGUGGUUCAUUGAUGGAACUUGGCUUCCACUGGAGGAGGAUGAGAGUGAUCUGAUUGAGCAGGAACAUCUUUUACGCUUCCGGGGGCAACAGAUGAGGGACACCUAUGAGAUCGAGGCAGUGACCACCACAGUGGACAGCAAGGACGCUAGCCACAGUCUGAAGCUGAACAGGAGUCAUGUGGACUGGCACAGUGUGGAUGAGGUGUAUCUGUACAGCGAUGCCACCACCUCGAAGAUUGCACGUACUGUAACUCAGAAACUGGGCUUCUCUAAAGCCUCCAGCAGUGGGACACGUCUCCAUCGAGGGUACGUGGAAGAGGCUGCACCUGAAGACACCCCACCUGAAACCACACACAUUGUAUUUGUGGUGCAUGGCAUUGGCCAGAAGAUGGACCAGGGUCGCAUUAUCAGGAACACCAGCAUGAUGAGAGAUGCUGCCAGAAAGAUGGAGGAGAAACACUUCUCAGAUCGCACCACAGAGCAUGUAGAGUUCCUUCCUGUGGAGUGGAGGUCCAAACUGUGUCUCGAUGGAGACACAGUGGACUCCAUCACUCCAGACAAGGUUAGAGGUCUAAGAGACAUGUUGAACAGCAGUGCCAUGGACAUCAUGUACUACACAAGUCCUCUGUACAGAGAUGAGAUUACCAGGGGAUUGACUCUGGAACUGAAUCGUCUGUACUCACUCUUCUGCUCACGGAACCCAGACUUUGAGAAAAAUGGGAAGGUGUCCAUAGUGUCUCACUCACUGGGCUGCGUCAUCACCUUUGACAUAAUGACAGGCUGGGAUCCAGUUCGCUUUCAUCAUCCAGAAGCCGUAGACCCAGAGGAUCCACAGAUCCACUGGCCUACUGAUGAAAAGCACCACCUUCAGGAGCAACUGAGACUAACGCGCCUCAGGUUGAGGGACUUAGAGGAUCAGUUCCAGGGUCUGCAGACUUCGUCUUGUGUUCCAGUGCCCGCCCUGAAAUUCAAGGUAGAGAAUUUCUUCUGCAUGGGGUCUCCUCUGGCUGUAUUCUUAGCAUUGCGAGGAAUCCGUCCUGGAAACAAUGGCAUGCAGGACCACAUCCUUCCAAAAUCUAUCUGCAAUCGCCUCUUUAACAUAUUCCACCCUACAGACCCUGUGGCGUACAGACUGGAGCCUCUAAUCUUAAAGCACUACAGUAACAUUGCACCUGUUCAGAUCCACUGGUACAACACUACCAACCCGGCACUGUAUGAUCUGAUCCGGCCCACGCUGCUCAAUCCCCUGAAGGAGACUGUGUCUGUCUCAGAUUCAGAGAGCAUCCCUAGCCCUUGCACGUCUCCCCCCCAGCCCCGGCGGCACUAUGGAGAGUCAAUCACCAACCUGGGCAAGGCCAGCAUCAUGGGUGCUGCAAGUCUCGGAAAGGGAAUUGGAGGAAUCCUAUUUUCCCGCUUUUCCCGUUCCAGCGGCCAGGUGGGUGGAGUGGAGGAGGAGCCAUCAGAUUCUGAGAGUGGGACCUCUGAUGUAAAAAAUGUGGGAACAGGAGAGGAAGAAGUAGCAAUGGCAGAGAAAGAAGACAAAGACAAACAAAUAAUGGAGGAAAGAAGGGAGGUGGAGCCUGCCAUGUCCCAGUCCACCUCAGCUGUCUUGGACAUCACCUCAUUGGAAUUGGAGAGACGCAUUGACUUCGAGCUGCGGGAGGGAUUAGUAGAAAGCCGCUAUUGGUCAGCUGUGACUUCACAUACAGCCUAUUGGUGCUCAUAUGAUGUGGCUCUGUUUCUCCUCACCUUUAUGUACAGACAACAUGAGCUUCCUGAACCUGCUGAAGACAACUCAGACGCCACAUAAGUGCAAAGUGAGAGUGGGACCUGUACGCCUGAGUCAAUUUACUUUCUU